AGUGAUGAUGAUGAUGAAGAUGUUCAAGAGCCCAUUAGGCAACAACAUGGGACCAUCUUUCCUAAUGAUGAGAGACUUAUCUAUCAAGCUGCAUUACAAGAUCUGAAUCAACCCAAGACCGAGAAGGAUUUACCUCCUGGUGUUCUCGCGGUUCCUCUUAUGAGGCAUCAGAAAAUCGCACUGGAAUGGAUGCGACAAAAAGAAAAAAGUGUGAACAAUUGUUUGGGAGGGGUAUUAGUAGAUGAUCAGGGACUUGGUAAAACAAUCUCAACGAUUGCUCUUAUCCUAUUGCAAAAGUUGAAGUCACAAUCAAAGCCCCAAAAGCCAAGAAGUGGAAAAUCUGGUGGUACAUUAGUUGUUUGUCCAGCAAACAAGGUUUCUCUUGAACACAAGCUCUCUGUCUUAGUCUACCAUGGAUCCAAAAGAACCAAAAACCCUACUGAGUUAGCCAAAUACGAUGUCGUCGUGACAACUUACGCACUCGUUACAAAUGAAGUUCCUCAAACCCUAGAAAGCAUUCCAAGAAGAUUUUCUGGUGCACUAUCAAAAUUUAAGUGGUUGAGAGUAGUAUUAGAUGAAGCUCAGACAAUCAAGAACUAUAAAACACAAGUUGCAAGAGCGUGUGCUAGUCUUAAAGCCAAAAGGAGAUGGUGUUUGUCUGGAACACCGAUACAGAACGAGAUCUUCGAUCUUUACAGCUAUUUCAAGUUUCUUAGAUAUCAUCCGUAUGCUGACUACGAAUCAUUUUGCCUAAAAAUCACGGAACCAAUUAGUAAAAAUCAUCUUAGAGGUUACAAAAGGCUUCAAGCUAUUCUAAGAGCUAUAUUGCUCCGCCGUACCAAAGGAACAAUAUUUGAUGGGCAACCUAUACUUAGUCUACCUCCAAAGAUUGUCAGAUUGACUAAGAUGGACUUUUCUCCAGAGGAAUGGUCUUUCUACAAGGAUCUUGAAACAGGUUCACAGUUGGAGUUCGCGUCAAGGAAAAUCAAAGCCGUGAUGGAGAAUCUUGAGUCGCUUGCAAAGCAAGGAAGUCAAAACUCUAAACCAAUAAAGACAAUAGUAUUCUCUCAGUGGACAGGUAUGCUUGAUUUGAUUGAGGGUAAUUUUGUCGAAAAGGGUAUAAAUUUCAGAAGAUUAGACGGUACAAUGUCUCUACUCACAAGAGACAUAGCUGUGAAAGAAUUCAACAACGAUCCAAAUGUGCAAGUGAUUCUAAUGUCUCUAAAAGCUGGAAACCUUGGACUGAACAUGGUAUCUGCAUGUCAUGUGAUUCUAUUGGAUCUUUGGUGGAAUCCAACAACUGAAGAUCAAGCUAUUGAUCGAGCUCAUCGAAUUGGACAAACUCGGACUGUUACUGUGUUACGUUUAACUAUCCAAAAUACCGUUGAGGAACGAAUUUUGACUCUUCAGGCAAAGAAAAGGGAAAUGGUUGCAUCUGCUUUGGGUGAAGAUCCUGGUGAACUAUCUGCGACUCGACUAACAGAAGAAGAUCUUCAUUAUCUAUUUUAUGGUGGAUGCCCUAAUUUCAAUACUCAUGUGACGCUGAUCAUAAAGAGAGGUCAUCGUCUUAUGAUGGAUUCUGCCAUUGACAAUGAUAAGUACAGUUCAGGUAGUGAUGAAGAAGUACAAGAUGCCCAAAAGACCACCAUUAAUGAGAGAGUGAUCUAUCAGGCUGCAUUACAAGAUCUGAAGCAACCCAAGACCGAAAGGGAUUACCUCCUGGGACUUGGCAAAACAAUCUCGACGAUUGCUCUUAUCCUAUUCCAAAAGUUGAAGUCACAAUCAAAGCCAAGAAAGCCAAGAAGUCGAAAAUCUGGUGGUACUUUAAUUGUUUGUCCAGCGAGCGUUGUAAAGCAAUGGGAAAGAGAAAUCGAUGAGAAUGUUUCUAAUGAACACAAGCUCUAUGUUUUAGUCUACCAUGGAUCCAACAGAACCAAAGAUCCUAUUGAAUUAGCAAAACAUGAUGUGGUCGUGACAACUUACGCCAUUGUUACAAACGAAGUCCCUCAAACCCCUCUGCUAGAUUAUUACUAUGAGAGGAGUAAGAAGAGAGAUAGAGAAAGCACUGAAACAACUUACUAUUUUGGUCCACUAUCAAGAGUUAGGUGGCUGAGAGUAGUGUUAGAUGAAGCUCAAGCAAUCAAGAACCAUAGAACGCAAGUUGCAAAAGCAUGUUUUAGUCUUAGAGCCAAAAGGAGAUGGUGUUUGUCUGGAACGCCGAUUCAGAACGAUGUCGUUGAUCUUUAUAGCUAUUUCAGGUUCCUUAGGUACCAUCCAUAUGCCAUGUACAAGUCAUUUUCAAAAUCAAUCAAGGUCCCACUUUCCAAAAAUUCUCUUCAUGGUUACAAGAAGCUUCAAGCUGUUUUAAGGGCUAUACUGCUGCGCCGCACCAAAGGAACAUUACUUGAUGGGCAACCUAUAAUUAACCUACCUCCAAAAGAAGUUAAUUUGAGCAAAGUGGACUUUUCAGUAGAUGAAUGGUCUUUCUACAGAAAGCUUGAAAUACUUUCACAAUUGGAGUUCGAGAAAUAUGCCUCUGCAGGGAGUGACAAAAACUAUGCUCGUAUGCUUGUGAUGCUGUUGAGACUACGCCAAGCAUGUAACCAUUCAGGAGAU